CGCCAGGCUGCGUCGCUGUUGCGCAGACUCCGACGCAGUCAGAACGCGCUCCAUUAAACACCGAGACUUCCGGUUUGAAACCGGCGUGUUUUAAAAGCGAGCGUCGAACACACACACGCAUGCAGAAGGCCAUACACUGUGAUGAUGGAUUAUCCUACAAAAGAACGUAAAAGUCCUGAGCUCAGCCCGCAGCGUGAGUCUCCGCUGCCCUCCGUCUCGGAGCGUCUGGCGUAUCUGCGACCGUCCCGUGAGCUGCUGGAGUUCUACAGGCAGAAGGUGGCGCAGUUUGAUGGAGAGCAUGAUGACCUGCUGCAGAUGCUGGAGAAGUACAGGAGCACGGCGGAGGAGCAGCAUAAGUUGCAGUGGGAGGUGCGUCAGCGCGAGGAGGAGAUCGCGGAGCUCCAGAAUGCUCUCAGUGAUAUGCAGGUGUAUCUGUUCCAGGAGCGAGAGCAGGCGCUGCGACUGUACGCUGAGAACGACCGCCUCAAGAUCAGAGAGCUGGAGGACCGGAAAAAGAUCCAGCAUCUUCUAGCGCUGGUGGGUCCAGAUCCAGGCGAGAUCACGUAUUUCCAUCGCGAGCCUCCAUACAAGGUCACCGUCCCUCAGAAGAAGGUUCAGCUGAGAUCACAUGAGGACUCAAAGGUGGUGAAACCGAGGCCUGUAUCAGUGAAAGGAAGCAAGAAAUCGUCCAGAGAAGAAGAUGCCACAAGUUCAGAGCAGUACAAGAGAGACAACCAGACGUUACUGCUGCAGGUGGAGGCGCUGCAGGCUCAGCUGGAGGAGCAGACACGGCUGGCUAAAGAGCAGGUGGAGGCGCUGCUGGAGGACAGACGCAUUCAUCAGGAGGAGAGACAGGUACAGCACCAGCGCGACAAGGACAGAAUCACGGCCCUCACCGACAAACUGCAGCGCACACAGAACCUGCUGUACGAGAGCACCAGGGACUUCCUGCAGCUGAAGUUUGAGAGUCGAGCUCACGAGAAGAGCUGGAUGCUGGAGAAGGACCGGCUGCUGCGAGAGCUGGACUCCUGUCAGGAGCGGCUGCGAGAGGAGCGCAGUUUCCCCGAGCAGCCUCCGCCUCUGUCUGCAGACGCUCUGUUCAUCUCACAGCCCAAACACGAGAGCAGCCACACACACCGGGAGGAGAUCCGGCAGGCUUUGCAGGAGGAACUGAAACAGGCUCAUAAACUGGCUGACAUGUACCGAGAGCAGUGUGUGAAUAUGGAGACGGACCUGUCCCAGAUCAGAGAGGAGGGCGACGUGGGCCGAGAGAUCUUCAAAGAGCGCUCUGAUAAGAUGGCCAAACGUCUGCAGCUGAUGACUAAACGUUAUGAAGCUCUGGAGAAAAGACGGGCCAUGGAGGUGGAGGGAUUCAAGACCGAUAUCAAACUCCUGCGGCAGAAAGUCAAAGACGUGGAGAAAUAUCUCUUUAAAUUGACACUCAACGUGGGCCCUGAUCAAGACCUGGCGAUUCUCCAUGAAGUUCGACAGACCAACAGCCGCACGGUGAAGGUCCAGAAUGAGCUGAAGAACCUGAGGGCCAAAAUCUACAAACUGGAGAACGACCUGAGAUUCUGCUGAAGACUCAUGACGAGGAUCGAUAAGAUGAACUCUAAGAUGAGUCACAUAUCCAUACAUUUUUAUGAUUUGGAGUAUGAAGAACUUCUGAAUGAUUCAGAGGAAAGCUGGACACCAUAGAGCUGAGUGUUUAUUUGUGCUGCUGAAUUUUGUGUAUUAGAUAAAUAAAGGUUGACUUUUUGUA